CAACAGAUGUCCAUUGCCUUUUGUCAAUAGAGUUGUUUUGUUGUGAAUAUUACUUACAAUGAACUCCACGUGAUACCCACUUCACCCUCAAAAAUUUGAAAACUGCACUGCGGCCAGCAUGAAUUAAAGAACGGAGUAAAUUAUGAAAACGGAUUGAUUAAAAUCACGGAACAUAUAUCGAAUACAGUACAUGGUUAAUGGUAUCAGGAGAACACGGGGCGCGACCGUAACAAACGCUGCCAUUGGCCGAAGAUCGUAUCCAAUGGGGUGGUUUUUGUCGGACCGUAUUUCCGGAGGGAUGUUUGUACUGUCAGUUAAAUUUCGAAACCAUAAUCAUCCCUGUCUUGGUGCGCAAUGGCUGGAGGACCCUACUUAUCGCCGCUACCCGGCGAUCUUUUAUCGGAGUACAUGUUUGGUAGACGUAGACAGAGAAGAAACCGAACGACGUUUACGCCACAGCAGUUACAAGAACUUGAAAGCCUUUUCCAGAAAACUCAUUAUCCAGACGUGUUCUUGAGAGAAGAAGUAGCUCUUAGAAUUAAUCUUUCUGAAGCUCGUGUACAGGUAUGGUUUCAAAACCGCAGAGCUAAGUGGCGUAAACACGCACGGCUUCAGAUAAUUCAAGACGCAUGGAGAAUUCGUUGCAUGGGUUUGAACACACAAUCGCUUCUAUUGGGUCGUCAAGCAUCCGAAGGAACGACUCGUUUGGCGGACGAUAAAGAACCUCCGCCAACGCCUCCUACCCAAUCGACUGUAGUCUCGUCACCUACCCACGUACCAGGAAGUUACAGAAUGCUUCAAAAUUUUCAAGUAACAGAAAGACCGCCAUUAGUUGGACCACCAACAAAUACAGUUACUACUAAAUUGUUUUGCCCGUAUUCUUCUACUGAAAAUGAAAUUUCAAAUAGACGUUCAGCUCAUCACCAAGACACUAGAUCUGAUAUGAACGGAAACCUAUCUUUGAUGGUAGGUUCUGUGGAUUUAACAUGCUCAAAAUCUCGGUCUACCAGUCCCGAAGAAGAAAAUGACAUAAACGUAAAUGAUUAAAUACAUUUUAAUCAGAAUAAACAACUAAGAACGACAAAAUGCAAAUUACUUUAAAUUUAAGUUCUAGUUAAAAAAAUAUU